AUGGGGCUCUCUUCCCAGCUGCCUGUCACUCUGCUGUGCCUCCUCGCAGGCACUGCGCACUUCAUCCAGGGGCGCAGGAGCGAUAUCAUCCUACCCGAGAUCAUCAAAACCCUGAACAUCCUCACUGAGAGAAAGACUCCAUGCACCAAGCUGACUAUAGCAGACGCCCUGGCCGUCCCCAAGAACACAACCGAGAGAGAAGCCGUCUGCGGGGCCGCGACUGCACUCCGGCAGUUCUACCUCCACCACAGGGUGUCCUGGUGCUUCAAGAAGCACGGAGAGCCCGGUGACCUGGGACUCCUGAGAGGACUCGACAGGAACCUCUGCAGCAUGGCGAAGCUGAGCAACUGUCCUGGGAAGGAAGGCAGACAGACUACACUGGAAGACUUCUUGGACAGGCUAAAGACCGCCAUGCAAGAGAAAUACUCUAAGCGUCGGAGCUGA